CAAUCAUGUUUAUUGGUAUCAGGUAGGAUCACUUCAAUGUUUGAGGAAUACUUUGCACUCUACCUCAACUUGUUUCUCAUCUCACUGGAGCAGAGUUUUCCGAGGGGCACCUGAAGGCUGCACUGAUUGGCCCACCUGGGCAGACAAAGCAGAGGAUGAGCUGAAGCUGGGAUUAAAAUCAUGAAAUUAUCUGGAAAAGCUGCUUAACUUCUGCAGGCAACUUGAAAUGAAAAGGUUUAAACUGGAUGUGAUGGCAGAAGGAGGUAAUGAGUGUGCAUCCCAGAGCGGAUCUGCACCUGCCACCAGCUCUCCUCUGUCCUCUCAUUGCUGCAGCUCCACCCACACAUGGCUGUCAGCCGGCUCCCCUCCGUGGCCUCCCUGGAACAACUGCCAGAUAGAAUGGGACGACGACUUUGAAAGUAAAGAGAGCUGUAGCCUUGUGGCACAGGAGAACCUGCUUCUUUCAUCUCCCUUCUGUCAUAGAUGGUCCCCUACAGGCCAGGUUCCCAACACGCUCGUCCCUCUGUCCAGUGCCCUCAUGUCCUGUUCCAGGCAGCACGGGGAUGUGGUGAAGCAGGGAUACCUGGGAAAAAUGGAGCGAACCCACAGGAGAUAUUUUGUCCUUAGAGCUGGAAGUCACACCGGGCCAAGCCGACUUGAGUGGUACAAGACACAACACAAGUUCACUGCAAGGGAGAAGACUGCUGGUAAAACCACACUGUUUGGGUCAAGCACGCAAGGGGUGAUUUAUCUGAGGAACUGUCUUGGUGCAAGCCGGCUCGCCAACUUCAGAAAGGGCCACAUAGUGGUAUUGUACGCCAAAGAUCAGACUAUGGUGCUCGUAGUGGAUGACCAGCAGGAACAAGAAGCGUGGUAUGUGGCUGUUAAGAACCUGAUAGAAGAAGAGCAUCAAGAGGAAGAGCUUGAUGAAGAGGAUGAUGGGUACUCCACCCUGCCACCUGCUGCCGUUUUCAAAGAGGUUUGGUCCGUCACUGUGAAGGCCAGAGGUCUGGGCCGUACCCAGUGCCUGGCUGGGGAGAGUCGGCUCUGCCUCACAGCAUCCUCACUUGUCUUGGUGAAAGUGGGUGUGGUCACUAGAUUGCCUUCAGUCAUGCUACCGCUGCUGAGUGUGCGGCGCUUUGGCCACUCGGAUGGUUUGUUCUUCUUGGAGCUUGGCAGGAAAGCACCGACUGGUCCAGGAGAAAUCUGGUUGGAGGCGAGAGACAAAGGGGACCCAGCACUGGGCCAGCACAUUCAUGAGGUGGUCUGGGAGACUGUGAGGGCGAUGAGAGCACUUCCAAAUUUCAACUGGUCACCAAAUUCCAACCACAUCAGUCAAAACCAGAGUCAGACUCUAAAACGCAGCAGACACAAACGCCACGAAAAGCGAGUGCAUGCAACACCAUGUGGAUCUCCCCUGUCCUGCAGCCAUUCUUGCCAAUCUCAGACCACAUCCAGCCCAACACAGCAUCACCCAGAGUCCUGUGGGUCAGAGAAAUCACAGGCAGCUUCUCUAAGCUCCGCCUCUAACUUCAGUUCCUGCAGAUCCCUGCCAGGCUCCACGCCAGAGACCGGCAGCUACGUGGACAUGAAGGCAAAUCUGGUCACUGGGAGACCAGAGGACUCCAGCAGCAGCAUGGUGGGCUGGGAGCCAGGCGGAGAGGAAGAGGAGCUAGGCUAUGUGAUGAUGUCACCACAGGUUGGCCUCAGUUCUUCAGGGCUGUGUGAUGAAGAAUAUGUGACCAUGGCGAACCAGCAUGCAGACUGUUGGCCAGACAACUCUCCUUCCUCAUCCUCUCUGCAGAUGUCACUCAACAGUACAAACUCUGACGGUCUCUCUCCUCCACGCCCACCACAUCAUCACACCAGUGAGGACAGUGACUCUGACUGUUUGGUCCCCACAGUGCUCCAGGUAGUAACCGAAGCCAACCAAUCCCAAACAGCUGUCUGCUGCUCAAAUGUGAAGGAUGCAGCAAGGCUGGAGGAGAACACACUUCCUCCAGGGGGCACUGUUGGGUUUUGCCUGUUGACGCCAACUGUUACAAAUAGAACUGGCAGGCCUCGAUCAAUACCAACUCAUCCCGACUCUAAAACAAGGCCCCGUAGACCAGUUCAAGCUAUGCCAGACCAGUCUGCUGUGAAAAGAUCCUGUCCAGGAUCUUUGUUUUGUCUGCCUUCUUGCGUAGAACCUGAAUACCUGUAACUAAUAAC